GUUGUCAAACAGUAAAGUUUCCCCAGGCUGCUACACCGCACGGAGGAGUCACAGUCAGUUCCUCCACCAGUACAACCAGAAUAUCAGUAUAUUACAAUACCAGUAUAAUAACCCAGUGUACUGGGUACUGUAUAUCUCCCAGUGCAGCCAAUCCGGAGGUUUAGAGAGCAGAAACUGGGAGCUCGUGGAUUAUACAUCAGUUCUAGAGGGGGAGAUCAUCAUCAUCUACUGCUGCUGCUGCUGCUGCUAGGAAUUAAUGGACGUCGUCCAACCUCAGUGAGCCCUAGGUGGUGUAUCGGGUUGCUGUUCGAACAGGAGCUACUGGAUUAAACCUGACACGGCACCUAUCUCAGCGGCUUUCGAACGACAUGUGGAGGCCAUUGUAGACUGUAUACGCUGGACAGAACGUUGCAUUGAUCUGGAGAGUCAGAGUCUGUGCUCCUCUUGGCAACCAUGCAUCUGGAGGUAAAGGUUGCACUGAACUUCAUAGUGUCCUACUUGUACAACAAACUCCCCCGGCGGCGGGCGGACCUGUUCGGUGAGGAGCUGGAGCGUAUUCUGGUGUCACGUUUCGAAGGACACUGGUACCCCGAGGCACCUCUACGUGGUUCUGCCUUCCGCUGUCUCCACCUAGGAGCCCCCAGGGAUCCCAUAGUAGAUUUAGCAGCCAGAAGGAGUGGAUUGGACACUGAAGAAGUUCGUGCCAAUGUACCUCCGGAGCUCAGCAUCUGGAUUGACCCUUAUGAGGUGUCCUAUCAGAUUGGGGAGAAGGGCGUGGUGAAGGUGCUGUACAUUGAGGAUCCUCCGGGUUUAGGCAUAGAAGGCGAAGCAUCAGACAGUGCGGUCUGCCCUGUCAGUAAGGUAGAUCUGGAGCUGGAUGAAGGGAAAAGUUUGGGUUUCAACCCUGACGCUCAGGUGUUCGUACCCAUAGGCGGCCAUGUGUCUCCAGUCCUGCUGCCUUCUCUUUCUAGUUCCCCCACGCCGCUCUGUCAGGGUCUGUUCAGUUAUCCUGGCCCCGGCACGCCAAGCAAUCCCAACACGCACUCCAAUGCUUCCUCCCCGUCUCCGCCCACAACGGCUUUACCAUACCCUCACCCGGCGGCCCCCCCAAACACCCGCCAGGCUCCCCAGCCCAUCACCUUUACUACAGCCAGCUUUGCCGCCACCAAGUUCGGGUCCACCAAGAUGAAGAAGUGCGGGGGCGCCGGAAUGGUGGGCGGACCUGGUGCCAUCGUGGGCCCUCCGCAGCAAAGAAUGCUGAGCCGCUCCCCCACCACCAUAUCUCCACCGGGGCUGGUGAAGCACAAGCCCAUCUCUCUCUCCAUGCACUCCCUGGCUGGACAGGUUUCCAGCCAGCUUUCCCCGAAUGCCAAAGAAUUUGUCUACCCUGCCACCCAGGGGCCGAUCUACUUUGACACUGAAGCACCGAACCUGUCCCACGCCACCCCCUUUCAGGCUCCUCCACCACCUCACCCAACACACCCCACCUCCUUUGACCCAUUUUCCAGCCCCCCACCUGGCCAAGCCAUUGGAGUUAUCGGUGGCGGUAUUGGCAGCGGUAUUGGCGGCAGUGGCGGCAGCGGAAUUUCCUUCCUGGAGAAGCCGCCAUUCGUGGAGGGCCUGGGCGGAUACAACCUGCAGUACUCCAGCCAAGCCUUCCAGCCUGUAGUACUGGCCAACUGAGCCAAUCACCAAGCUCUGCUGCGGAGUCCGAGGAGACAAAUCGAUACUAAUACAGAACCACUUUCUUCUUUUUCCCAAAUUUGGGGGUUUUGUUUUUUUUCACCACCUCUUGUUACUAAUACAAAACAAAUUGAAACAAAAGUGUUAUGACUACUAGAACCAUGAUUACUAGUGAUUGUUCUCCCCCCACCUAUACUUUUGUUUGAGGGAGUUUUUGUUCGUUUUUGUUUUAUUUUUUGUACUGACUGAACUUUUUCAUAAGCCUGGGGAGUACCCAGCCUCCUAUCGCACAGAGACGUGUUUUGCAUUGAAUGUUCUCGUAAAGGAAAAGGUCCCUUUUGAUUUAGGGGUGGGGGGGUGGUGUGGUUCUUCACCCAUGUAUUGGGUUUGGAUGAGCAGUAUGGGCUGGGCCCACUCAAGAGCUGGUCAGUAUAAUACACACACACACGCACACACACCCGCACACACACAUAUAUAGACAUACUGAUUCUGGUUUGUUGGAUGCUUCUGGAAACCAGCUGCUUGGACCUGGUUAUGCUUUCUCUAGCUAUUAGGGAUGGGGGGAAAAAUAUCAAUAUCAUAGUAGUGAUGCCUCACUUGCCACAGUUGAAGGGUUUUGUCCAUUUGUCCAUCCAUUACUUCUUGUGCCAAUUCAGUGGUGGCAAACCUGAGUGCGGAAAGUAAAAAUGCCCCAGGAUUUCUUUCUAACAUCAGAUUUUUAUUUUCUGCACCCAGAUUCACCAUCUUUGGCCAACACAAGUGUCGUAUCAUCCCGCUUCUCCUCACUCCCUGUGGUUUGAGUGAGUUUUCUCACUGGAGACGUUCCUAUUGCUUCAGGAAGUGUUUUUGUACUCUGAAGCCAUAAACGUGUUUGGAAGCAGAGCAGGAGAAGGACAAUGUUGACUGUUAAUCAGGCUAAUCUUUCUGUCUCUUUCACACACACAAACACUCUCUCUCACUCUCACUCUCUCUCUGGUCAGCAGUGCGUGAAGGUGAGAGGGCGGUCCUGGGCUGGAUGGAAUGCAGUAUAGCAGAAGAGGGUUUUUGAUAAAUGGCUUAGCGUGGCUUUGAGAAGGAGAAGGAAGGAGGGAGGACAAAAGGUUUGUGUGUGUGUGUGUGUGUGUAUAUGGGCAGCUAUAACCUUGCCAUUAUGGAGUUGGCAGCAGCUCAAGUGGGCGCUGCAGAACGUGACGCUGGUAUGGGCCGAGCCUGGCGUCGUCCUGCUGCUUAGUACAGGGGGAAGGUGGGAGUUCCAGUCGCUGCUGCUGAUCUGCUGUAAUGAGCCUAAUUUAAAGGGGAAUUUCACCAAUAUUUCACUAUCAGCAGCAUUUAGUCCCAUGACUGAUGCUGCAAUGUAAACAAGAUAAAUUGAUGUUGUAAUAUUAACUGGUUUGUGGUAAAGUUACUGAAUGCACAGGUCUUUUACAGUGGGAGGUGAUUGAGAAUGCUUAUAGAACAAUUACGGCUGAUCAGAAAGGUCUGACUACUGAACUUAUAGGAGUUAAAUGCAGGUCAAUACAUUUCCUUUGGUAUUAUUUUUUAUGCAAUGAGCUGCAGUAACAUUGUGAACGAUAACAAACCCAUAGUGCAUUACCUACGUAAAACAACAGGGGGAGAUCUUCUACUACAGACUUUAAUCAUGUGACAUAAUGGAAGCUUGAGUUAGUGAGGUAGAGUUCCACAGUAAAUGCACUCACCAAACUACUUUGCAGUGUUGCAAUAAUUGACAAAAAUACUCUUUCUGAGAAAAUGUUUAUUACAAUCUAAAACUAAACCUUUAGUAAUCAGUGUCAUUAACAGCAAAGUGUUGUGCUUAGGGGCUACAGCCAUAUUUGUCUUACAGCCAACUUCUUUUUUUUUUUUCCUCACAUUUAGUUAAUUGGUUUCCCAAAUCACUCCCUACACCCUGAACUGCCCCUCAAAAACUAUUGUUUGACAUCAACAACAUGCACAGCUACAGCAAAUAGUAUCUAUACUCUUUGGCUAUAGGGUGAGAGACCUACAGGUUGUGUGGUUUUGGGACACUGUUAUCUUCAGUCUGCCAGUAACAAACACCACAAACUAAACUAAAUAUUCGUGAGGAAAAAGAAAAAGAACGUUUCCAGAGUCAGCCGGAGAACACUAAGCUGUUUCAGGUAUCUGUCAGUUUGGAACAACAGCAGUAUUAAUAUUAGUAACUGCAGAAAAAUACUAUGUCAUUGAGUUAACUAUUGUUAGACUAUUCUCAGACUGUUACCAGGUAGAGGUUCAGUUAUUUAACAAAAUAAUAUUACUGACAAACACAAUCAUUUUGGUAACCAGCCAGUAAAUCUGUGCAUCUGUAGAACUGUCUAAAUUUCAGCUGUCCAGUGAACCUCAGCUUCAUAUAAAAUAUAAAAUAAAACUGUAAUCACUGAUCAAUAACUGGAUCUGUGUGGUGGUCUGUAAGAGAAGGUGAGAGUUUGACGUUUUUUUGUAACGCGUACGUUCGUUAUUUGUAAAAUAAUUUCUUAAGCAUCAGGAAAUAUUUGUCAUAUUUGUAAUGUUUGUAGGUGUGUACUGAAUUUACUGCCCCUCAAAUACUUUAAACUUCUCACUGGUUCUGUUCACCACCAAUAUGCCCAGCCUAUAGUCUGGGUUUCUUUACAAUACACAUAAUCGUUUACAGAAAUGUUAAAAUAUCAGUGGAAUUCUCCUUUAAACCAUGGUUUAUUACGGUGGAAGUAUUGGUGUGAAUAUUAUUAAUCAUUAUAAGUUUCUGGUUGUCUGUCUGUAGAUGUGAAUUGGUUUCAGCAGAACUGGGUGAUGUUGGUAUAAAAUUGGCCAGUAGAACCGAAUGUGAUCCACUCUGUCCCUGUAAACAUCAGCGUAAACCCGCCAUCUGUUUUAGGAGUGUUUGGACACCUUGACAUUGCAAUGCAAGUCUAUUUCAUUGGUUUCAUCAAUAGAAGCUUUUUAUUUUGGUGGGUUGAGGGGUGGGGUGGUGAUGACUGGGUGUAUUUUUACAUUUGUUUGUAAUAUUUUUUUUUUCCUUGUUCCUUUUUUCAAAGAGUUCUCUACAGCGUUUGUAAAAGAUAUACUAUGAUGUGUAUAUAUUUCUUAUGUUAAGAUAUAUAUCCUUUAUUUAGUUUCUUAUGUGCUGAGGUUAUUUUUUCAGAAAUAACUAUAAAUGAAUAUAUAUAUGCAAGUUGUAACAAAUAAAAUGUGUUUAACAAAGUUCUGAAUGUGUAUCGUACCUUGUACAGGAAUUGUCGAACUGAAGACGGGUAAAGUGGUGUUUUUGUUUUAGAUGAUCCGUGUGGAUGUGAAUGUUGACAGUUGGCGGAUUAGAAGGGAGUUAUUGACCAGUUGUCUGUGCAGCCCGAGAGCUGCGUUGAAUUCUCAAACAGCCUGGAGAUGCUUAAUAUUAAAGCAAUCCUGAUCAUCAUCCUCUGUACAGAUCCACUCUUUGCUGUAGUUGUUGUAUUUCUUUCUUGGACUCUAAUUUAAAAGUGAAUCUGGGCUCCUGCCUGAUCAUUCUCUCCUCCUAUUGCUCCCAGAUGGCUGUAAACAACGGCCAAAAGCUACCAGCUCUUAAGGUUGUAGAAUAAGUGGAGAUGAGCACAGGCCGUGUUCUGGUUAGUCUGAUGUUCCGAAUGAAUAGGACAAGUCUCUCUGGCCUGCUGUGAGAAUGUUUUUAAAGAAGCUGCUUUUUGGGUUUAUUUCUGGAUAAUAGCUGGAGUGAGGGUGGCCAAAAUGAUGGAAACACCACACUGAAGUGCUCACUGGCCAUUUUAUCAGAAACACCAGCUCUGUUCAAUGUGCUCCAUGUGUAGUUUUACAGUUACAGGCUGUAGCCAGUCUUACUGCGUGACCUAUUAGCACUGCAGCUAACCCACCCGCCAGUGGAGCAGGACCACCAUAACACCAUCAACCACCAGCAGCAAUCAUAGAGAUGCUUGGUACAGGGUUUAGCAAUUUAUGCAGGGCUAGAGGAUGGCUAAGAGGAGUGGGACAAAAUAUUGAUAUUGUGAUAGCGUAUCGUUUUGUUUGUGAUGCAUCAUUGAUAUGUGGUGUCAUGGAUAUUUUUAUUAAAACAUAGAUACUCACACGCACCUUGUCUUGUGAUAUGAGCUUCAAAGAAUCACAGUUUUAUCAUAGAUAUUGUUGUUCUUAUGAGCAACAUGUGAUAAUGUCUUAUUGCAAGAUGCCAUGUGAUUCACACCCCUAACUGGAUGGUCCUUCUAGUGGUUGGAUGAUUUGGCUGAUGAUUGAUGUGUAAUUAAAUGGUCUGCAGUUUUUAACUGUAAACCUAUUCAGUCCAGGUGUAUGGUGGAUGUUUCUGAUAAAAUGGCCAGUGAGUGUUCAUACUAAAAGUAAUGUUUAUUUUGUACACCCACCCCCUCUCCUGUUUUCUAAUCUCAUCACUGUCUACAGGCAUGUGUUCAGAGUGGGGGUGUAAAUGUAUCUAAAGGUGGUCGAAUUAAUUAUAAUAUUUAAAAUUAGUUUUUGGGUUUGUUUUUUUUUUGUUUUUUUUGGGCUAAAAUAAAAAUCUCAGGCUGUUUUCACACUUAAGCAUCCAAUAAAAAGCUCAGUGUUUGUGAAACUUCAUAACUAUGUAAAGGUUCCUCCAGACUCAGAUCUGUGUUAGUAAUUUUCAGGUGAAUUGUGUGAAGUGUGGUGGAUUUGUGAGGUUUUCUAAAGCUGUGAAUCGUUUCUGGGAGAAACCUCACCAUGACUCGGAUGGUUUACAGCCCUGCUGGUGAAACUGUGAUGGUGUGUUGGACUGAAGUUCAGAUGGGAUUUUAAAGCCAUGGGAAUCUGGUGUUUAAGUGACUGAGUUCCGAGAUCAGCCCUGCUGAGGAGUUUACUCAGGAUCCAUCACAAUAAAGGCUGGUCGGUCACGGCUGAGGACUCGCUCCUGUGGGGAAACCUCAUAUGUUUUAGUUUUCUUUUUUGAUUAUUUUGUAAAAAAAAAAAAAAAACACCAGCUGCCCUUUAUAUAGGGGAAACAUUUCGCGAUGAAUAGAUCAAUGGAAAUGGAGAACAAUUUAAAGUGUUUUAAACAAAACAUUUCAGAUCAGCCGUGAUUGUAUUUGGGCCAAGAUUAAACCACCCGGCAGUUGAAGUGACGUUUCGUUUUUGAAAGUGAAAGUUUUUUUUUUUUUUUCUUUAAAUAUGUGAAAUUUAUCUUUAACUUUCUGAACCCAAAUAUAACGUAGCUACAACAAAAAGACAUUUUUAAAUGUCUUUAAAAAUAUAGUGCUGGGCGGUUCUAUUCUCAAGAGGUUUUUUUUUUAUACAUACUUCAAUGCAUUUAUGUUCAUGAAGGAGUCUGAAUUACCAUUUCUAUAAUGUCAGGAUUUUAAUGAUGCUAAUAUCAGUGUUUGGAUUCUGGUCUGAGAAGAGAUUAACCAAAUGUGCUGUGAAUGUUCUUUUAAGUGUCUGUCAAUCACGGUCUGGGGGUGUGGCCUGGGACAAUACUCAGUACUAAAGUUUAGAUUUUUGCAGUAGUUUAAUGGAUUAGCCUACAUUUAGCUACUGACUUUUAACACAUUAUGGAUAAUGCUAUUGGCUAAUUUGGACAGAUAAACAUUAAUUUUACAGCUGCUCUAACAGAAGACAAAACUACCACUGUUAGCUAAAUAUUUAAUGCAGAUUAAUGUCUUUCAAUUCGAGCAAUAUAUUUUUGGGCAGUUUAUUAAAAGUCAGUAACACUGACACGUAACACUUGAGGACAAUGUUUUCACAGAAAAGCUCAAUUGAAUCUAAACUGCUAAAAACAUAUUAGCUAGCUAGGCUAAUAGCUAACAUUUGUAUGGAUAAUGUUAUGAGCCAGUUGCAAUAACUGUCAAAUUUUAAAUUUUCUUCUCUUUUUUUUGUUUAAGAACUGCUACUGCACUGAAACCAGGAAAACUAGCUUAAAUGUUGUGAUAAAGAUUGUUACAUGGACUACUACACUGACAUUCUAAGGACCUAGCACUAAAUUAGCCUAGCAUAGUUUUGCACCUGGUGACUGCUGCCGGCUAAAGAAAUCUAAGAUAAGGUAAAUUCAGACUCAUGUACUUAAAAAGAGAAACCAGUGAGUGAAAGAAGAAAACUAUACUGUAGUUAACCGUGAACAGUGUGGAGAAGGGUGCAUGGGAGCUGACUAGAGCAAUGCCAAGUGGCCCGUAUUAAAGUUCAUUAGCAGUGUUUUGUUUUUUUGGGUCAGGUUUUCCUUCAGAGCUUAAUUGGAUCCAGCGAGGCCGAACUGGUGCGACUGGACUUGAGUUGAGUUUACAAUUAGAUUUCUGUGGCUAAAGAAAAUCAUAAACAGUUUUCCUCCCAUGUUUGGGCUUCUUUCCAGAGAAGACUGCUGAGAAUUUUAUGAUUUCUGCUGUAAAGUUCUGUUUCACAGUAAAAGCUUUCGCUGUUUGACUCUUCGCUUCAGUUUUAGCUUUGUUACCUUUAGCCAUUGUACCCAGCAUCAAAAACCUCAGUGUUUGUGUAGAAACUGAAGCAGAGCAUCCUCAUUAAAUUUAGCUGAUCCUAAGUAACCCACCCGAGACCGUGAAGCAGACCAGAGAGAAAGCUGAGCAUUUUGUAUCAGAGUCUUUUGCUUAUAUAACUUUUCUGUAUCUUCUUUUGCACUUUGAAAUAUUUUUUUUGAAACAAAUGGAAAGGAAAAAGUUUAUUUUGUAUGUAAAGUUUAUCAUUGAUGCAUAAAUGAUUAUAAAUGACAAAGUGAGAUCUAUAUAUAUAAAUACUGUAUCAGUCUGGUGAUUUUAUUUUUGUCUGUAUUUUUUAUUAUGGGUUUUCCUAUUUUCUACUGAAUCUGUCCCCAAAUGAUAGAUGUACUGAAACCUUUCACGGCUGAAAUGCAAUGACCUUUUUUCUGUGCGUCUCUCGGAUUGGGAGGCUUCCUACAGGAAUUUCUUACUGUAUCUGAUUCUUUUUUAAAACUUUGUAAUAAAAUAAAGAAUGGCAAAAGAUAGCAUGAAGAAUAAAA